AUGGCGUACAAGAUAACUAUCGUUUGCGUAUUUAAUAUGAACAUCUGUAUCGACCGUAUCUCCGCUGGUGACUGUAAAAGUAAAGGGUGCUGUAUCCAGCUCUAUCCAGAUACCAUUCGUUUUAAGUUAUCUGGAAAGAAGACUUCUCUCUCUUCAGAGAGUCCUACUACUGAUAUCUUCCUUGUGGAGGGAGACUUUUCGCUUGUUCAGGUGACGUUAGACGACAGAGCUGGCGGUGAUCUGAACAUUAUUAAAACCUCGUCUCACUUCCACCUAUCCCUGCUCAACUGGAACACCCAGGCUGUCCAUUCUCUCACUUUUCUCUGUCCUACUUCUGGUCAGGAGGAAGUGUACGAAGUACUGAUAACACCCUCAGAACCCGACCUAACUCCACCUCCCAUCAAACUGGAGUUUUCCGAACUUAUCAGCACUCUCCUCCCCACUGUCGUCCUGGGACUCCUCGUCCUUCUAAUCGUCAUUGGGAUCGUCUUCCUAACCACCGCCAGCUACAGACGUCUCAAAUCCACUUCGUCUCAGUGGGACUCUCCCCUAACUAUGAACUCAAUGUUAACUACUCCAGUUAAGAUAGGUUCCCCGUUCAGGCCGGCGUCAGUGACAGUGACCCCUACUAGACUUAAAACACCGCUUUAUACUAAACCUCGGGGGACUCCUGGGAGUAUAUGA